ACGCCCCUUUUAUACGCUGAUACUUUUUUAGCUCCAUAAUUUACAUUUUCCACUCUCCAUUCUCUCUUCUUCGCGCUGGGAUUGAUGUUUCUUCAUCAGGGGGAACAAAGUGAAGGGCUGCCACCAUAUAAACAUAUCGUGAGAAAUGAGUUUUCCUAUAGAAAGCAUACAAAGCAGAAAGACGAAGAUAUAGCUGUUUGUGUGUGCCGUUUUGAUCCUAAUGAUCCAGAUAGUGCAUGUGGAGAACGGUGUUUAAAUGUCCUAACAAGUACAGAGUGCACACCUGGGUAUUGUCCCUGUGGCGAUUAUUGUAGGAAUCAGAGAUUUCAGAAAUGUGAAUAUGCCAGGUCACGGUUAUUUAAAACUGAAGGCAGAGGAUGGGGUCUUCUUGCUGAUGAGAAUAUUAAGGCUGGGCACUUUGUUAUUGAAUAUUGUGGAGAAGUAAUAUCAUCAAAGGAAGCAAGGCGUAGGUCACAAGCUUACGAAGCUGAAGGUCUGAAAGAUGCAUUUAUCAUUUCCCUUAACGGGCAAGAAUCAAUAGAUGCUACUAGAAAAGGAAGUUUGGCAAGGUUCAUUAACCAUUCAUGUCAACCAAACUGCGAGACAAGAAAGUGGAAUGUGCUUGGCGAAGUAAGAGUGGGAAUAUUUGCAAAGCAAGACAUUCCUUCUGGAACGGAACUAGCCUAUGAUUACAAUUUUGAAUGGUAUGGUGGUGCUAAAGUUCGUUGCCUUUGUGGUGCAGGCUGUUGUUCCGGGUUUCUUGGGGCUAAAUCCCGAGGUUUUCAGCUGAUUAUCAUAGAGUUCAAUGAGGUCAUAGUGGACAACUGUUGCAUGCAGCUUGUAUCAAAGCCAGAGCGGUGUGAUGUGAUGGAAGCAACAUAUGUUUGGGAAGAUGAUGAUGACAGAUACUCCAUUGAGAACAUUCCACUUUAUGAUUCUGAGGAUGAUGAACCAAGUUCACAAUUUCUCCAGGCUAUUGUUCCCUCAAGAGACGACACAACCAUUGAGAACAGUGAAGGUUUCAUGAGAAGCACUAGUGGUCAUGGGACAUUGGUACUUUCUGAAUCCGAUCCAAUUAUUGUAGAACCAUUGAAUUCUGUCCCAAUGGAAAUGGAUAUAAGGAAAACUGAAGCAAGAGAUGGCAGUGGUUUUUAUCCGCAUGCUGGAAAAAAAGUUGAGCAGAAAAGUUCACUGGGACCUCGUAUACGCAGUAAUAGUGCAUGUCGGAACUACCAGGAACAAUCAAAUUCCUUGCCAAAAAGCUCGACACAGUUCCCUGGUGGAAAGUCAAAAAAUCAAGCAAGAACACCAGUCGAUGUGAAGCUUAUUGGUGAGCGCUUGUCAAAGGAAGCUUGCGACGAACUUCUUGCUUAUGAGGAAACCAAGAACCAGGCGACCUUGCAUCUUGAUUCUCUAUACAACGAGAUAAGGCCAGCCAUUGAAGAGCAUGAGCGGGACAACCAAGAUAGCGUUCCAACCAGUGUUGCUGAGAGAUGGAUUGAAGCCAGCUGCAGCAAAUUGAAAGCAGAGUUCGAUCUUUAUGCUUCAAUUAUCAAAAACAUUUCCUGCACUCCUCGAAGGCCCAGAGAUGAUGUGAUGUUCAAUGGAGAUCGCACGGGAGAUGGCAUGAAGUACUUGGAAAAUGGUGGCUGAUAUUAAAUCGUAAUUGUUCUUAGGCAGCAGCAAUAUGAGGGAUGGGGGAUUUGCCAUGAGCACUAUUUUCAUUUAUGUAUUCUGUUUUCUUGAAGUUUAAAGAGUGCGGCUUUUGGCUAAUGAACGAAGUGAAGAAUAAUGGUGGGGAGAAAAAAAAAAAAAUCAUAGAACGAUCUUUAUAUCAUUUCAACUUCAUAUC